ACCGCACCGCCCCCGCGCUCACGUUUUGCUCGCUGCCUUCGCGUUCGCAUUCGCUCUCGCCGUCACCAAACCUCACCGCCGGCAUUCCCUAGUCCCACCUUCUCCUCGACAAAGUCCUCCUCCUAAACCCUAUCUCUGUCUCAAUCCUAUCAUUUGACCCCUUUCCCCGCCGCCAUGGACGAGGACCGGAGCGCCGAUCCCGCUCGCAGCGGCCGCCUCCUCUCGCCGACGAGCGGUCAGCCCCAAACCCAGACACAGUCACAGCCCCCGCUCCCCAUGGACCUCGCCUCCCAGUACCAACGCCUCUUUGCACCGUCGGUUUUCCUCCCACCGAUGGCGCCCCCGCCGCCCCGCCUGGCGUCCAGCUCCUGCUUCUCGGCCUUCAGCAACUAUCAGAGCCUACCGACGCUCGCGCCCGCGGUGGGCGCCGGAUCGCAUCUCGCUCGCUCGGUCCCUAAGCCGCCGCUCUUCUCAGUGGACUCUCUAGCUCCGCUUCCGUACUCCACCAGUCCAGCGGCGAGGGCAGCGGCAGGGGCAGGGGCGGCGGUCCCGCGUUCCCCGCCGUCGCCAGGCAGCUCCGAGCUGCAAGGCCCGUCCGCGUCCGGCCUGCCGCCGCGUGGGGCGGGGCACCGGAGGUCCCGUAGCGAUUUCCUCGUCGGGUUCUCGGGGGCGAACCAGCUGCACCUGCCGAUGACUCCUGCGGCUGGGGCGUACAGGCCGAGGGACGCCUCCGCACUGGAGGAGCUAUUCCGCUCAUACAGGGAUCCGAAUCUCGGCUCCUCCGGGGAUAACAAUAAUGAAAGGAACGAUCACUUAAGUAGACAACUGACCGGCCAACGCGCUUGGAGCCCCGGUGAUAACAGCGACAACGAGGCUGAGAGCUGGGCGGUCAGUGGCAGCGCAGACACCAGCGCUAGCCAUCCUCGCCAUUGCCGCAGCCUGUCGGUGGACAGCAUCAUGGCCAAUCUCAAUUUUGGAGGCCUGGACCAGGUUUCUCUGAGAGUGCCACCUCUGUCUCCAGUGGCAGACGCCAGUGUCAGCCUCUCGCGCACUGGAACCGGAGCAUCGGGCGGUGCGGCUGCGGCUGCUUCUUCUGAACUUACCAACGGAGAGUUCAGCGAGGCUGAGAUGAAGAAGAUCAUGGCCAAUGAUCGCCUAGCUGAGAUCGCUCUUUCUGAUCCUAAGAGGGUCAAGAGGAUUCUAGCUAAUCGGAUCUCGGCAGCAAAGUCUAAGGAGCGCAAGGUGAAGUACAUGGGUGAGCUUGAGCGUAAAGUUCGUGUGCUGCAGACGGAAACUAAUACAUUAUCUUCGAAAGCAGCAUUGUCGCAGAGGGAAUGCGAGGCACUUCGAACUCUGAACAAUGAGAUGAAGAUCAGGCUGCAAGCAAUGGAGCAGCAAGCACAGCUGAAAGAUGCUCUGAAUGAAGCACUGACAGCUGAAGUGCAGCGCCUGAAACAAAUGGCUGGCGAGGCCAGUGAUCUUCAUGUGCCGAACGGUUCGCAUCAUCAUAUGAACCGCCAGAUUCUCGAACAGCAGCUGCAGCAGGUACAGAAGCAGCCAUCAGAGGCCCAGCAGGCUCAGCAGCAGCAGCAGCAGCCACAGGAACCAGAGCAGUUCAAAGCUCAGCAAAAGCAGUGGAACCAUUAAGACGAUUGAUUUCACAGAGCACAUGCUUGAAGGUCAAAUUCAUACUGCAGAUUCAUGAAGGGAUACCUUGUGUUCCCGGAUAUUCGUUUUUUUCCUUAGGUUUUAGAACAACAGCGGUUGGAUAUUCCGCCUUUUGCGGUUUAUUGCUAAGUUAUUUGGUUGGACGUUGGUAGUAAUGCCUGGGUGGAUUCUUGUUGUACAAACUUCCCGUCUCUGUAAUUUUUCUGCUAGAUUUUUUUUUUAAAAAAACAUUUUUAGGUGCAUUUGUGUCGCGAAUUAGAGGGGUAAAUUUGUGGGAAAUAUUCAGCACAACAUGUUCUGUAGAUGUGGAUGCUUGAAACUCUGCACAAAAUAUUCUUAUUCAUUAAUCAUUGUACUAGAAGUUCAAA